CCAGUCCCAUACCAGUCACGUAUCAUUACACCACUCGCUCUGAACAUAAAGGAAAAUUAUUGUUAAUAUUCAGAGAAUACUAAAUAUUUUGGGGUGAAAUUUUUAUUCUAAUAUAUACCGUUAAAAGUUUAACAAAGAGAACAUGGCUUUCGGUCUGGUGGUUUUUCUGCUGAUUGGUUUAAGCAUUCAAGCGAGAGCUCAAUUUCAAUGUCCUGAAGAAAAAGGUUUUUUUCCAGACCCGGAACAAUGUGACCUCUAUUAUGUAUGUCUUAACGGACGAGCAGAAGAGAAGCUGUGUAAAGAUGGUCUAGUCUUCAGGGAUGAUAAUCCUAAGAAGGAGCUUUGUGAUAUCCCAGCUAAUGUUCCUUGUGGAAAUCGUCAACUUUUACAGGAACCUCAGCCAACUAAAGGUUGCCCACGUGCUAAUGGAUAUUUCAAACACGAAGACCCAGCGCAAUGUGAUCGUUUUGUUAAUUGCAUUGAUGGAGUGGCUACAACUAUGCCAUGCCCUCCAGGUCUUAUCUAUGAAGAUAAGAUGUCUAGCUGUGUCUGGGCUACUGAUGCAUCUCGUUCUUGUCAUUCUCUUCGAGAUGUUUUAGAUGAUGGAUUUUCUUGUCCUGAAGAGAAUGUUACUGGUCCUGAUGGUCGCAUUCUUCCACAUCCGACGUAUCCUCAUCCUGUUGAUUGUGCUAAAUUUUACAUAUGCAGAAAUGGAGUUCAACCUCAGAAAGGUCAAUGUGAACCUGGAACUGUCUAUAAUGAAGAGACUUUCAGAUGUUCUGAACCAGAAAAUGUUCCUGGGUGUGAGGAUUACUACAAGGGAAAAAAUUGAAAUAGAAUCUUAUCUGAUUGAUGAUGUAAAAUCAUUCCAACACCAAUACAUCUAGGACUACAGUACUUAUACUACUAUAUGUAUUCUAGUAUAAUAAGCCAACUAUUUUUAACAUUGCAUAAAUGAGCGGGUCACUUAUAUUUGUACGUGAUAAAGAAUAAAACAUUUUUUGUUUACAUAA